UCCCCUGCUUCGAUGAAAUAUAUAUCACUUCGAAGUUCCCCAAAGCUCUGCAUUGAAGAAAGCGUUGAUUAUUACUCUACCUUCAAGUGUAGUCGUUCUAUUGCUUCUAUUAGCUUUCGUGUGGAAAAUGGGCUGGCUGGGGAAAAGAGAGUUGAGAGAAAUACAGAUAGGCCAAGAUAAACAUGUUACCCUUCAAGAAUUAAUAGGUGCAACUCGAAAGUUUAGCAGCAAAAUGGAGAUCGGUAGAGGGCAUUUUGGAAGGGUUUAUAAGGCUGAACUGGAAGGUGGUCAAACUACUGUAGCUGUUAAAAGACUCUCUACUCACUCAAAAGAAAAAGUUGAGGAAUUCUUAAAUGAAUUCUAUACCUUAAAGUCAUUGAGGCAUGAGAACCUUGUUCAAUUGUUGGAUGGUUAUUUUGGAGAAGGGUUGCAUUUGCUCAUCUAUGAAUAUAUGCCAAACCUGUCCAUUGCAGACGCUUUUUUUGGCUCGAACUCCAGAUUGAAGUUUAAUUGGGAAACUAGAUUUAACAUUUGCCUGGGAAUAGCAAGGGGUUUAGAUCAUCUUCAUGAGCACCCUAGACUCAAGAUGGUUCAUAGGGAUAUCAAAGCUGAAAAUAUCCUCCUUGAUGGAGCUCUUAAUGCUAAGAUCUCAGACUUUGGAAUGGCAAGCCUGUAUACCGAGGAAGAACAACUUAUGAUCAUCAAAGUGGAAGCACCAAACGGACAUAUGGCACCUGAGUAUGCAAUUCAAGGAUUUGUAACAAGCAAAGUUGAUGUUUACAGUUUUGGGGUGGUUAUACUCGAAAUUGUUAGUGGGAAGAAAAAUGCAGGAUACAAAUUUAACCAUGAGAGUGAGUAUCUCUUGGACAUGGUAAGCAAAACUGACAGGACGUACGGUGUUUUAUAAUUUCUCCUACU